AUGCCUCCCCGGAACAGUAAACGACGAACUAUACGCCGACCGGCAAUCUUCGGUCGUCAGUCACUCAUCGACCCUGACCACAAGGCCUACAACCGCGUCAUCCGCCUCGAAGGCCAGAUAGCGACCAUCAUUCAGAUUCAGCGCUUCCUUUGGCGCUACAAAUUCAGCAAUAGGGAAUACAUUCCCAUUGGGACAUAUUCAGCUUUCCACGAAAUAAUCCCCCCUCAGUUUUUAGAAGAAGUGCAUAUAUGUAACCAUGGUCGAGCGAUCCCCAUCAGAGACGAUGCUAUGUUGGUAGAAUUCGAGGAGAAGCGGCAACAGCGGCAGACUGACGCAUUCCUAGAUGCCGGACGCUUAGUCUACUUCGACCUUGUUGAAGAGCUCAUUGCGAAAUUUCUGAACCAAGGUAAUUACCUGCAAUCUAUACCGAAGGACGUGCGGGAACAGGAAGGCUUCUGGGCGAAGAUCUGGUGGUUCCAACAUUUGCAGGAGAUCCUACAAGAUGAUAGUGUUAAUUUGAGCAAAGCGCUCCUUCAAGGCUGUCAGUGGUUCAUCGACCCCGAACAAUGGCCCACAAAGUCUAGUGGGAGAUCUGAGUAUGCCGACAUGUGGAAGCAGCUCGGUGCCGCGCGGCAGCAAAGCUUUUUGGACGACUUCACCAUUGACGAGGGAAAACUGCAGGCAUGGGUGUCGAGCGUCUCGAACCAAGGGUUCUGCUCCUCGCUAGCGCUUUCGAACAGGACGCGGGUAGUCGGAGGACUUGCCGGAGCCCUAGAGGGCGGUCAAGGCAAAGCUGAACACCAGGGUACCUCAUCCAUGAUGUUUCGACACAAAGCAUGCGCCGAGCCAAGCUUCAGCGCUACGCAAAUGGCGGCCAAUGAGAGCGGGAUGUGGCUGCGAAAAGCCCCCGCCUGUCCCCGCAAUUCGGUUGGUCCCCUGCAGAAGCCCCGCAGUAAAACAUGGCUUCUGGAUGAUCUGCGUGCCUCUGACAUCCGUGGAGCACCUCGUGAGCCGCUUACAGUGACUAUCGUCGUGCGGGCUGAACGGGUACGUGGUACUGUUGAGGAAGCGAUUGGCCCUGGGCGCGCUCGUCGGCCAAUUCGCACUCACGAUGCUCGUUGGCAGGAAGGCGUGGCUUACGGUGCACCGCUUGGAAUUACAUCAUGCUGCUCUGCGUUAUAA